GUCUAGCAGCGGCCAUCUUAUUUCCACAAAAAAACUUAAGUAACGUUACUGGAGAAAAACACUAGCUAGCUAUCCGUUUCUCCGCAAACGAAUGCUCGUAUAUUGCUGACAGUUAUGGAUUAUUAAAUCUCAAGUUAAGGCAGGCGCCAACUCGACAGCUGUAAAGAAAAGGAGAAAACAGAAAGGAGUUUGCCACAACCUCUCCAUCUCCUACGGAUCUCCAGGGAGUCCCCCGACUCCUCCCUGAGGAGACAUGGAGGCCCAGGGGGAAGCUGGGAUCGGGGGACUGUUGGCCCCAAGCCCUCAGAGUGAGGCGGUGACCCACGAGAUGGAGGAACUGUCCCUGCAGCCCAGCCAGAACCUGCCCCCGCUGAAUGAGCGCAAGAAUGUCCUUCAGUUGCGGCUGCAGCAGAGGCGCACACGCGAGCAGCUUGUUGACCAGGGCAUCAUGCCACCCCUCAAGAGCCCUGCGACAUUUCAUGAGCAGAUCCGGAGCCUGGAGAGAGCCAGGACUGAGAAUUUCCUAAAGCACAAGAUCCGGAGUCGCCCCGAAAGGGCUGAGCUUGUGCGCAUGCACAUCUUACAAGAGACGGCGGCGGAGCCCUCGCUGCAGGCUACACAGCUGAAACUGAAGAGAGCUCGACUAGCUGAUGACCUCAAUGAGAAAAUUGCCCAGCGGCCUGGUCCAAUGGAACUGGUGGAGAAAAACAUCCUGCCUGUGGACUCCAGCGUCAAAGAGGCCAUCAUUGAUGGCCAGAUGCAGUAUCCCAAAACCCUGCCUGAUGUGUUUGAUGAAGACAGUGGUGAUGCCUUCUCUCCAGAGCAGCCAGGCAGUCAGGAGUCACACGGGUCUGCAGCCUCACCCGGAGAGCCCAAGGCCAUGGAGGCCACCUCACCACUGCCCAAUAAUUUAUUACAGCAUUGUACUUCUGCUGUCCAGUCUACAGGAGAUUUCCUCAAACCUUUAUCCACCAACGAACAGUUAGUUAGCCCUCUGGCACCACAACCUCAGCCAGUCACUACCACAGCCCCCUCAAAAUCUGGGCCUACUCUCCUCAAGCAAAGUCAGCCUAAGCUUCCUGGUGAUAAAAGUCGUAGUAAGAAGAGCAAAGAGGCCAAACCACGAGUGAAAAAGCUGAAGUAUCAUCAGUACAUUCCCCCAGACCAGAAACAGGAGCCCAGCGAAGCCCCCAUGGACUCAUCUUAUGCCCGCUUACUGCAGCAGCAGCAACUCUUUCUGCAGCUUCAGAUCCUCAGCCAGCAACAACAGCAGCACUACAACUACCAGACCAUUUUACCUGCUCCACUCAAGCCAGUGAUUGAGGGACAGAACAGCAGUGCCACAGUUGCCAUAAAUAGUGGCAACAGCCGUCCUGCCUCUAUUGUGGUGUCUCUGCCUACAGCUGCGCCACCAGUGCGCCCGAAUAACACCCUUACUAACCGCAAAGCUGGCACCCUGCCUGCCAACCUGGAAGAGAUGAAGGUGGCUGAGCUAAAAAUGGAGCUAAAACUGCGUGGCCUCCCAGUGUCUGGAACCAAAACGGAUCUUAUUGAGCGGUUAAAGCCUUACCAGGAGAGUUCUGCUCCUAGCAUCAGCAGCAACAGCACUGGACCUAACAUGCAGCCCUGCAGCACACCGAUGGAAGUGUCCAGCACUACUACAAGCCUGUCCCUUGGCCAUCAGCCCCCUGAUGCCCUGAGCUCCACUCCCCCAGUGUCCCCUGUCCCUGCAGAAGUGCACAAUAGAGAAGUGGUGCUCAUGGACAGCCAGAUGGAGGCCCAAGGCCAAACUGGGAGUGCCAGCAGCCAGCCAGUGGCCACAGUUCCAGAAGACCAAGACCGGAGGCUACAUGAGAAGGAGCGUCAGAUCAAGGAGCUGCUGCGAAAGCUGGAGCAGGAACAGCGGCUGGUGGAGGAGUUGAAAUUGCAGCUGGAGGUAGAAAAAAGGAGUGGACAGAUGGUGGCAGCUGCAGAAAAUAAUGGUAGCAUUAGUCCAGCUGCUUUAACAGUCCCUGUAAAGACGGAGAAAGCAGUCAUCCCCAACUGUAAAGUGACCUCUCAUACUGCUCCUACUAUAGUGAAGCUAGAGGAAAGCCACCCAACCCAAGUGACAGCCACCCCUCUGCCCCAGUUCAUCAUAAGCCACCAGGGGGUGUCACAGGUCAUCGGGCAGCCGCAGACUCUUCUGACCACACAGCAUGGUGGCACCCAGAUCCUGCUGCCUGUCUCCCUGCCCAAUAAUGCCACCACUAUUCAGCUCCCCAAUACUAACGUUAAACUGCAGCCGAUCCUUCAGGCAGCUGUCUCUCCUCAAAGCCAAGGACUGAUCCAGAGCACUCAGUUGCAGCCGGCCAAAGCUGAGAGUUCCUCAGUGCAGCAGCCAGUCAAUCAUAACCAUAACGUAGUGCAGCAGACUCUGCCUGUGUGUAGCGGUGGUUUCCAGCACAGUGCCGUUGAGAACCAGGCAGGCCUGGAGAUGCCUCAGUGUUUCCUGAGCAGCUCCCCAGAGAACACUGUUUCUGUCCAGACUUCACCCAUUACCUGUUCCCUUACCAACGGCCCUCUUAAUAAGUCCCCCUCUCAGGCUCAGCCUGCCUUUAUCCUGCAGCCUCCAGCAUUCAGUCAGGCCCCCAAGAGCCGAGAGCCACCCACUUAUGAGGACGCUGUUAAACAGACCCGCGGCCUGCAGGCACCUGCCAUCACACAGGUUCCUACAGCAACCAGUCAGCAGAUGGAUGACCUGUUUGAUAUCCUCAUUGAGAGUGGAGAGAUUACACCUUUUAGCCAGCCAGAGCCCUCUGUUCCUAAGAUGAUGCCAGUGACUGCCAGCAUCACCACUCUACCUGUCAAUACUGCCCUGAGCCGGCCGCCUGCACAGGUGCAGAUGGCGCCUCCACCAGCCCUACUGGUGGAGUCCAUGCCCAACCUGGCCUCACUGGCCUCGGACAACCAGCUGGAAGCACUUUUAGAGGGCGCACUGGUGGGUGAGGCUGAACCAGAGCAGAGGACGCUGGGAAUUCUAGAGGAGCUGCAGAGCCAGCUUUCAGAGCAGCCCCAUUCUCCAAUGGACACGUCUGAGCUGAGCUUCUGCGAUCCUCCAGCGCACUCUACUUCCUCUUCCUCCUUCAGCCUGCAGGACACAGGCCUGGAUAACAUGGAGUGGCUGGACCUGACUAUGCCUGGACCCAUUGGGCCACUAAACCCAUUAGGCAUUGCUUCAGAUUUUCUGGACACGCAUGACUUGCAGUUGCACUGGGACUGAGAGUGCUGAUGCUGCUCUCACUUUCUACACACUCAUUUUCUUUCUUUCGCUCUCUCUCGCUCUCUCUCUCUCUCUCUCUCUCUCUCUCUCUCUCUCUCUCUCUCUCUCUCUCUCUCAUGUACACACUCACUCAAACACACACACACACACACACACACACACACACACACUCCCUCCUCCACCGUGUGAGAAAGGAGGGUCUAGUUUGUUAAUGGCCAUGCAAUCUGAAUGUGUGUAUGUGUGGGUGAUUUCCUUUUAAGACUGUACAGGGCUAUGUGCAGCACUAGGACUGCAGCCAUUACCGCAACACCACGAUGGUAGCUUUUUAACUUUUUUCCAUGGUUUUUAAGAGAUGUAUAUUCCCAGGGCUUCUGACAUACAAAUUAAAAGUGAACAGUCUAAAUCUAUCAAUUUACAAAUCUAACUCCGGCCCAUAAGAGUCAGAGCAAGGCAAAGUGAGGGCUGAGUUUAAUUCUUUUUUAUUGAAGACAGUGAAGCUGCUUGCUGGAGACCCCUAACACACAAGCAAGCGAAGCUGUCCAGAGUAAAAAGGCUAUUUCUGGGCUAUGAUGUAAGGCAGAUGACAACACAGCUAAUAUUGUUUUAAGAAAAAAAAAACAUUGUUUACUGUUCAUAUGCAUUUUAAAGUUCUAUUAUUUUUCAACCAUUGUAGUUAUCUCAUGCAAAACUUGUUGAAUCUUCUCAACACUGAGAUCAUUAUCACUUGACUAUGGCCAAAAUCGCUCACCACACCGCAUUUCAACAACUGAAUUAUCUGUCGCACAGCAAAACUCACUUUUCAUUUGCGUACCCAGCCCCUGGGUGUUAUAAUCUAUCGUGGUGGUAAGGCAACCAAACAUCGUGGUGUUGAAGUUUUGCCUCCGCAGCAGCCCUGUUCAGCACUCUGUGCUAUUGUAACAAAAUCAGAGAUCCACUCAGUGGAUGAUGUGAGUGAUUGUCUCUGCUGUUCCGCUGUAUUGAGCUAUGGUUUGUGUUUGUCAUUUACCAUUCAGGCUGAUGUCUUGUUAUAGCGCUAUGAAAACGAAGGGCCUUCAGUGAGCUGCUUCUUGCUGAGCAUGUGCUGGGUUCUCUCGUCUGUGCCAUUCAGAGAGGGAGCUGCUUGUAAACAGUGUGAGUUUCUGUACUGCUCUGUUAAUAGGUAUUGUGCCAUUAACUCAGCGUUGUUCUGUGCGCAGUCUAUAAAUACUGUCAUGGCCAAUUUUAAACUAAAACUGUCCAGAGUCACAAGAACAGGCUCUAAUUCCAGACAUCUCGGCUCCACAGGAGAUAUUCAAAUGAUUUUAUUGCUUUGUUUGCACAAAAUUCCUAAAGAGUUUGAGCACUGACACCAUUUAAAUAUUUUGGUUUUUAAGAAGCGAAAACCCAAAUAUCAGGUGCAUUUUUCACUGAGAACACUUUCCUACCUGUACUGGGUAGAUCAGCAUACUGUUUUUGGAAAUGCCCUGAUCAAACAAUCAGAUUAUUAUUUAAUCUGUUAUUCCGAAAACAGUGACUUAACACUGUCGCCUGUCAAGUCAAUCUCUUUUAAAACCAUGCUCAUUUGUGUCUGCAAGUAUUUUGUUUGUGUGUGUAUGCGCACAAGGGUGUGUGUGUGUGUGUGUGUGUGUGUGUGUGUGUGUGUGUGUGUGUGUGUGUGUGUGUGAGUGUGUGAGCAAGUAUGCUGGGUACAUGCAGUCAGAAAGAAUCUUUAUGGAAUGCUGUCUGAUGGGCCAGACCA